AACCUCACUACAACAGACAUGAUGUACCAGGCUUUUCUGCUGACGAUCCCGCUACUGAUGGCAUUUCAGACGUCAUCCAUAAACACUUCACCGCUUGAUCCUGUAAAGAAGAUUGGACCGACAAGUGCUCCAAAAGUUGCCAAAGUUGAUGAGAUAAGAAAUAGGGCUCAGUUCAUUGCUAGAAGCUGCAAGGAAGUUAAAAACGUAUAUGGUCAAUCUGAGAAUGGUCUGUACUACUUGACCACAGCUACUGGGGUGGUGUACCAGACCUUCUGCGACAUGACCACAGCGGGCGGCGGCUGGACUCUGGUGGCAAGCGUGCACGAGGACAACAUAUACGGGAAAUGCACGGUGGGUGAUCGUUGGACCAGCCAGCAGGGCAACAACGCCAACUGGCCACAAGGGGAAGGCAACUGGGCCAACAGGAAGACCUUCGGAACAGUGGAGGGAGCCACGGAUGACGACUUCAAGAAUCCUGGCUACUACGACAUCGUAGCAGAAGACAUGUCAGUCUGGCACGUUCCCAACAACACUCCGGUCAACCAUUGGAAACUGGCUGCCAUCAUGCGCUACCACACUGACAGGCGCUUCCUCCAUCUGUACGGGGGAAACCUGUACAACCUCUUCCACCGCUACCCGGUCGAGUACAACGUUGGGGCACACCUGGCCGACAAUGGACCCUCCAUUCCCAUAGUGUAUGACCACGGGGACAAAGAGUCCACCAAAAUGUUCUACGGCCCUUACUCUGGAGGGGAGAUUGAGGGAGGCUUCAUCAGUUUCAGAGCCAUAAACCAUGAACGGGCGGCCACAGCCAUCUGCUCUGGGGUCAAACCCAAAAGCGGUAAUGUUGAACACUACUGUAUUGGAGGCGGUGGGUUUUUCCCUGAGGGUAACCCUCUUCAGUGUGGGGAUUUCACUGGCUUUGCCUGGAAUGGCUAUGGGACCCAUAUAGGCUUUAGUGUAUCAAAACAGAUGCUUGAGUCAGCGGUGUUACUCUUUUACCGCUAAUUCACCAUGCAUUUACUUUUCUUUGAUUUUAUGAUAGAUUGAUUUUUGGGUAAAACAAUUCGUACAGUUUGAAAUUAAAAGUACAUUUAAAAGUACUUUUGGUAAUACCUUUGAUAUUUUUUCUCUAAUAAUCCAUUACUAUAAAGAAACAUCAUAAAGCAAUAACCAUUCCAUCCAUCAUAAAAAUAUUUGCAUCUCAUACAAUCAUUAAAUGCUUAUAGCAAUAGUGGCAAACAUUAUUAUGUCAUGUAAGGCUCUUAACUGAAUUACUGUAAGAUUACUGUAAACCACUUUGUGGCACCUGUUGUCUUGGGGUGAUGGGGGUUGGAAAUUCAGUGUAUGGAUUGUGUGUGCUUUUUAAAACUUUCUUCCUGUAAUAAUGUAACAAUAAAGUACAUUUGAGAGCAUCAA